AUGGACUGUAUAGAACAAAAGAACAUUAUAACUUCAUUAUCAGAGACAUUAAGUGAUGACAAUACUAAUGAGCAUAAUAAUAAUUAUGUAACCAAUGAACAUAAUAAUGAACAUGUAAUUAAUGAUGAUAAUGAAUAUGUAAUUAAUAAACACGAUAGUGAUGAUGUAAAUAUCAGUAUACCUGAAGGUAGUUCUAGCAUGAAACAACCUCCUAAACUCAACCUUAAGGAUCUUCAACUUGUACCUAUUAAUAAGAUUGUAAGAUGUUUGUUCAAAAUUAAUAGAAUCAAUAGGCUUCAACUAUGUGGGCAUUUAAUGAGAUCAACAGACACUUCAACAGGUAAUUUUAUUGGUUACUUGGUAUCAAGACAUGGAAUCAUGAAAGAAUCUUACAAACUUCAACAACAGCAAUCUAAACAAAAAAACAUUGAUGAAGAUCAAUUGCCUAUCAAUAUACAAGAAGGUGCUGAUGCUUUCUUAAGUUCUAAGGAGCAUCUUAAAGAAAUGCUUAUUACCUGUAUAUUUAUUGACAAUGAUUUUCAAUUAAACAAAAUUGUUCUUACACUCAAAUAUUUACCUUACUCGCACAUUGCCGAAGCAAUUGCAAAAGCAUUAAAUUUUAUAAUUGAUGAUUGGAAAUUAACUAAUAAGAAUGCUAUAUUAUUAUUAACUGAAGUGUUGAGGCCUUUUGCUGAAGUGACUGAAUUAUUGGGAAGCAGCAAAUAUGCCACGAUCAGUUUUAUGUAUAGUGCAAUUGUCAUAAUUAAGCAAGGGCUUCUUUCAUUUAGUAAAACUUCAGAUAUGGAUUUUGAUUCUGCUGAUGAUGUUUUUGAAAAUGAUGUCAUUUAUGAAGAUGAAGAUGAAAAUAGAAUACAAGAAGACU